AUGAGCAGAAAUCCGCCAAACGUUUGCCCCUGGGAGGAUACCACAGAUCAGGAUUGCAUGACAGCUAGCAUGAAGGGCAGUGGAAAGAACAAUGAGAAACUGGCCUCAGUUUGCCGUUGGGAGGCUGAUGGUGGAAAGAUGAAGGGUGGUAGAAUCACCCUUAAGGACAGUGGCAAGACCAGUGAGAACCGAGGUGCAGUUUGCCCCUGGGAGACUGAGAGUGGGAAUGUAUCUAGCAAAACAAUCAGCAGCAAGCGCAGUGGCAAGAGCAGUGAGAAACUGGCCUCGGUUUGCCCCUGGGAGACUGAGGGUGGAGAGAUUGAGGGGGGUAGAAUCAGCACAAAGAAGAGUGGCGAGAGCAGUGAGAAACUGGCCUCGGUUUGCCAUUGGGAGGCUGAGGGUGGAGAUACUGAGGGUGGUAAAAUCAGCACAAAGGAGAGUUGCGAGAGCAGUGAGAAACUAGCCUCGGUUUGCCCCUGGGAGGCUGAGGGUGGAGAGACUGAGAGUGGUAGAAUCAGCGCCAAGGAGAGCGACAAGAGCAGUGAGAAACUGGCCUCGGUUUGCCCCUGGGAGGCUGAGGGUGGAGAGAUUGAGGGUGGUAGAAUCAGCACCAAGGAGAGCGACAAGAGCAGUGAGAAACUGGCCUCGGUUUGCCCCUGGGAGAAUGAGGGUGGAGAGAUUGAGGGGGGUAGAAUCAGCACAAAGAAGAGUGGCGAGAGCAGUGAGAAAUUGGCCUCGGUUUGCCCCUGGGAGACUGAGGGUGGAGAGACUGAGAGUGGUAGAAUCAGCGCCAAGGAGAGCGACAAGAGCAGUGAGAAACUGGCCUCGGUUUGCCCCUGGGAGAAUGAGGGUGGAGAGAUUGAGGGGGGUAGAAUCAGCACAAAGAAGAGUGGCGAGAGCAGUGAGAAACUGGCCUCGGUUUGCCAUUGGGAGGCUGAGGGUGGAGAUACUGAGGGUGGUAAAAUCAGCACAAAGGAGAGUUGCGAGAGCAGUGAGAAACUAGCCUCGGUUUGCCCCUGGGAGGCUGAGGGUGGAGAUACCGAGAGUGGUAGAAUCAGCACCAAGAAGAGUGGCGAGAGCAGUGAGAAACUGGCCUCGGUUUGCCCCUGGGAGGCUGAGGGUGGAGAGACUGAGGGGGGUAGAAUCAGCACCAAGAAGAGUGGCGAGAGCAGUGAGAAACUGGCCUCGGUUUGCCCCUGGGAGGCUGAGGGUCGAGAGACUAAGGGUGGUAUAAUCAGCACCAAGAGUGGCGAGAGCAGUGAGAAACUGGCCUCGGUUUGCCAUUGGGAGGCUGAGGGUGGAGAUACUGAGAGUGGUACAAUCAGCACCAAGAAGAGUAGUGAGAGCAGUGAGAAACUGGCCUCGGUUUGCCCCUGGGAGGCUGAGGGUCGAGAGACUGAGGGUGGUAAAAUCAGCACAAAGGAGAGUGGCGAGAGCAGUAAGAAACUGGCCUCGGUUUGCCCCUGGGAGGCUGAGGGUGGAGAUACUGAGGGGGGUAAAAUCAGCACAAAGGAGAGUGGCAAGAGCAGUGAGAAACUGGCCUCGGUUUGCCCCUGGGAGGCUGAGGGUGGAGAGAAUGAGGGUGGUAAAAUCAGCACAAAGGAGAGUGGCGAGAGCAGUGAGAAACUAGCCUCGGUUUGCCCCUGGGAGGCUGAGGGUGGAGAUACUGAGGGGGGUAAAAUCAGCACAAAGGAGAGUGGCAAGAGCAGUGAGAAACUGGCCUCGGUUUGCCCCUGGGAGGCUGAGGGUGGAGAGACUGAGGGUGGUAAAAUCAGCACAAAGGAGAGUGGCGAGAGCAGUGAGAAACUAGCCUCGAUUUGCCCCUGGGAGGCUGAGGGUGGAGAUACUGAGAGUGGUAGAAUCAGCACCAAGAAGAGUGGCGAGAGCAGUGAGAAACUGGCCUCGGUUUGCCCCUGGGAGGCUGAGGGUGGAGAUACUGAGAGUGGUAGAAUCAGCACCAAGAAGAGUGGCGAGAACAGUGAGAAACUGGCCUCGGUUUUCCCCUGGGAGGCUGAGGGUGGAGAGACUGAGGGUGGUAAAAUCAGCACAAAGGAGAGUGGCGAGAGCAGUGAGAAACUGGCCUCGGUUUGCCCCUGGGAGGCUGAGGGUGGAGAUACUGAGAGUGGUAGAAUCAGCACCAAGAAGAGUGGCGAGAACAGUGAGAAACUGGCCUCGGUUUGCCCCUGGGAGGCUGAGGGUGGAGAGACUGAGGGUGAUAAAAUCAGCACAAAGGAGAGUGGCGAGAGCAGUGAGAAACUGGCCUCGGUUUGCCCCUGGGAGGCUGAGGGUGGAGAGACUGAGGGGGGUAGAAUCAGCACCAAGAGGAAUGGCGAGAGCAGUGAAAAACUGGCAUCGGUUUGCCCCUGGGAGGCUGAGGGUGGAGAGAUUGGGGGUGGUAGAAUCAGCACCAAGGAGAGCGACAAGAGCAGUGAGAAACUGGCCUCGGUUUGCCCCUGGGAGGCUGAGGGUGGAGAGAUUGGGGGUGGUAGAAUCAGCACCAAGGAGAGCGACAAGAGCAGUGAGAAACUGGCCUCGGUUUGCCCCUGGGAGGCUGAGGGUGGAGAUACUGAGAGUGGUAUAAUCGGCACCAAGAAGAGUGGCGAGAGCAGUGAGAAACUGGCCUCGGUUUGCCCCUGGGAGGCUGAGGGUGGAGAGAUUGAGGGUGGUAGAAUCAGCACCAAGGAGAGCGACAAGAGCAGUGAGAAACUGGCCUCGGUUUUCCCCUGGGAGGCUGAGGGUGGAGAAAUUGAGGGUGGUAGAAUCAGCACCAAGGAGAGCGACAAGAGCAGUGAGAAACUGGCCUCGGUUUGCCCCUGGGAGGCUGAGGGUGGAGAGAUUGAGGGGGGUAGAAUUAGCACAAAGGAGAGUGGCAAGAGCAGUGAGAAACUGGCCUCGGUUUGCCCCUGGGAGGCUGAGGGUGGAGGUACUGGGAGUGGUAGAAUCAGCACCAAGGAGAGUGGCGAGAGCAGUGAGAAACUGGCCUCAGUUUGCCCCUGGGAGGCUGAGGGUGGAGAGACUGAGGGUGGUAGAAUCAGCACAAAAGAGAGUGGUACUUUACCCAAGGCUUGUCCCUGGGAUGUUGCGCAGUGAACUUGCCGAUGAUUUUAUUAUGAACGUAAACGUUCACCCAUUCGAGCACACAGACGUGCUCGUUGACACCAGCACACAACACAAACAUGUACAAAUUACCAAUAAAAACAUGGGUUUACAUUUGUUGUUCUACUACGAUACAGUGCAACAGAUGUUCUUGCUUGGACCUGGUAUGCACCCGAGAUUUUGUGUUGAUGAGCCGAUGCGAGCACAGCGUGUUGCUGAUUACAAGCUCACGGGCUGCACAGGAAUAUAGCAGCGCCCUUUCGUUAUUAUUGAGCUGCCCUGACCCAUGGCCUUUCAAUUAUCAUGACCCACACAUUCUUACUUUGACUUUCGUUCUGUGCUAACUUUGAUCGUUAAAUGUGAGGUGCCGUGGUUAACAUCCACUCGCGUAUACCCCGCAGUGGUCGUGAGUGAACAGCGGCAGUCCUCCCCAACCACACACCCAGCAGCGUGACAGUCUCACACCCAGAGAGUCCAAACAUUCUUCACCGUUUGUGUCCUACGACUGAAAAGCAAACCCAAAUAAAAUAAUGUUUCUUUCAAAAUGAAAAAUGUGAAUAUUUCGGUUAUCCGUUUUAACCGUGGGAGCGAUGGAAUUUGAAUUCACAUUAACCGGUUUUUAGCAAUUGGUUAACUAGAAACAGAACCGUCUGAGACCGCUUUGACCCAAUUGAACUGUAACCGUUUCGAUUUAAAGCUUUCGUGACUGCAGGGAUUGUAUCUUCUUGGUUCUUUCGGUAAAGUCACGUAGAAGGGAAGUAAUAAAAUAAAAAAAAUAAAACAUAAUAAAACAAUUCUCACGACGUUUCGGCCACAACGCAAGCAGCCGUCCUCAGGUGAAAACCAGGUCUGUCGAGGCGACAGCGU